GAAUGUUUUGGUACGUAAUAUGCUGUCCCAGCACGAAUACUUAGCAUUUUAUAAAACGAACACUAAAGCAAGAAAAGAACAGAGGAGCACACGUUAUAAUUCCAAGACGUUGGCAGGCUAUAACCAAAAGUAGGCUACUGUGCCGCAUAACAUACAAGUUUGAUUUCAAGUUAUGAUGAAAAUAAAUCGGUUUGCGGCUGCAGAUUUUUUUAAAUGGCGGUUGAAAUAAAACACUGCAAGUAGUUGACCAAUCAAAAAUUUUCAGCGCUUGCGCCCCACUCCAAAGGUUCCGGUACUUUUGGAAAGUACUACCCCCCGAGCAGGAACUUUUUUGUGGGUAAAAUAAAGUCCCCGGAACUUAAUUUAGACCCUAGUUCCUUCCUCAAAAGGUUCCUAGUUCCGGGGUAAAGUUCCUGCGGUGGAAAUGUGGCUUUAGUGAUAGGGAAGCUCAUCUCAGUCAACCACUAAAGGCUUAUUAGAUACUGUGUAUCUCUGGUGUGGUCUCCAAAAAACAAAAAUCUUACCUAAAUCCCUCCGUGUCAAGAACAGAUCAGUUGUCUUUAUAUAUUGCUUUUGGAAAGUCUUGAGCCCCAGGCCUCAUGAAACUAACAUGUCCUUCUGAUCUGCCUCUGAGAUUUUUCUCUGAAGGAGGUCCGAUUCUUUCUCAGUUUAUUCCAGCCAAAAAGAAUUAGAAACUACAAAGAAUCAGGCCCCAGUAUUAAGGAAUAAUGAGCUAUAGUGUCCACAACUGCUUUUGCUUUCAGAGUGCUCCAUUCUCACUGUAAGGGGAAACUAAUCUGAGGUCAGGCUUUUUAAUUUGAGAUGGCUGGCAUCUUACUUUCUGUCCCAGCCCUCUCUGGUUUCUCUACACAUAUGGACAAGCUAUUCUUAACCCUUUUAAGAGUAGUAUUUUGGAAUGUUUUUUGUUUCAAAAUUAUAUGUCCAUAUUCUAGAACUGUCUAGUUUUCAGUUACCAGGAGUGAUUGUUACAUCUGCAUUAGAAUGUUCAGUUUAGAACACUCCAAUCACAUAUUUGUGAUCUUACACCUCAAAGGGUUAAAUAGCCGUCACUGUCUUUUCGUAAGGAAUCUGGCAUCUCUCUGUCACUUCGAACAUACCUGCACUUUUAAAAACCCCUACAUCCCCCCCAACCAACGCUAGGGUCUGGUGUAGCUUUCAAAAAUGUCAACUUCUGAUGUAAAGCCCUUACACAAACUCAAGUUAUUGUACCUAUUUGUGUAUUAGCAGAGGGAGCAUAUUACUGGGCAGCUCUCCCACCUUGGCAACUGGCACUGGGCAGUUCUGCUCUAAUUCACAAAUCAGCUCUGGGUUCCUAUGCCAGGGUUUGUGCCAUCUUCCAGCGUAUCUGGUUUAGCAUUGCAGAGCUUAAUGUACAAUUCCCUGCCGAUCGACAUUGACAGCAGAGGGGUCAGAAGCUAACACAGCCUGUGUAGCUGAACCAGCUGAAUGAUAUGCCUUUAUGCCCCAGCCUCUAGAGGGCCUGCCAGACUUCUCAGCUGUUUCCUUUGCCAAAAGGAGAAGAAGAAGAGAAGCUGAAUUCAUUCCAAACUUCUGGCACCCAGGGAAAUAAGACACUUUGCCAAAUCUUAAAAUUGUUGAAUAAACUCAAGGACAGGAGCCUUAGGAGAUAUUUAUUAAAUCAGGCUAGUGAUUGAAGCAGUAUGGAGUGCAUCAAAGGAGCUUGCCUCCGAAAUGUGUCCACCUCUGACUUUUACCUUUAUUUAAAUAUCUCCUCAGAAGAGUACUGUUUUUAAGUUUGUUCAACAGUUUUAUGUUCACUUUCAUGGACUAAGCACCUUCUUUGUAUCUUAUAAUAAUUGUAAUUCCAUUGAACAAGUGCCAACACCACAUUUUUUUGAUGGUUUUUGGAUGUAACUUCUUAAAUCUUUACAUUUUAAUGUCUGCUUCUAGUUAAAGAACUCGGUCCCUCCAUAAUCAGUUUUAGUUCAUCAUUCCCUGAUCAUUUGACAAGGUGAGAAUGUAGAACUAUAUGUUUUGUGGAUUACCAGAAAAUUUGUGAUCCUUUAGGCUGACCAGUCUGUUCGCAUUGCUUACACUUCAAUUAUAUGAAUACAAGCUAACAUGUUUGCUACAGUUCACAUAAUCCUCUUUUGGAAAAUGUUCUUGGUUGAUUUUUUCCAUUCGCUAAACAGAUCCUAUGUUAACAUACUUAAAAGUGAUUGGAGAGAGGGGUUCCAUGAACCCUGGAAUGAGCAACAAUGAGCUGUCAGUGACUUGUCUGAACCAAUCAAAAGGUUUUUUUUUUCCCCACAACAGAGCACAGUGGUUGGCUCAAAUCAGGGAGUCAGAUACCAAAGGAAGUACGGUCAAGUAUGGUGUUGUAGAUAAGGAAUUAGGUUGGGAAUUCAGAAGCUACACGUUUAAACUUGAGCAUAAAAGAUGCUCUGAAUUAUUACUGCUUGACUUCCAAACCACUAACUAUAUAAUUUGAUUUGAAAAUAUACAUUGCACUGCAAAAUCUUUGAACUGUGAUUAAGUUAAACUGACACAAAAUUUUAGUUGAGUUAUGUAGGAAAUCAAUCCUUCAAAUGGAUUCCUCUUUUUGCAAAAAUGUAAAAGUUGUCUUAAAAUAUGGCCGGGUUGCUCAACAACAGACACGUUCCUUUUUUGGAUAACAUCAGACGUCAGUUAGACUUCAUUGUCCUGGUGAUGAAUGCGGUUUAUAGGCUGCAACGUGAACUACCGUUGUGUGUUCAGAAAGGUGACUGGUGGUGACUGUCAGUAACGAGCUCCGUCGGUAGAAGUGCAGAGGGAUGCGUCCCGUUUUAUAGAUACAACCGAUAACAAAACCGAUUCAAUUUACUGCCUAGAUUUAUCAAAAGCAAAUAUUUUUUCUUGUGUGUGAGGGAAGCGAGGAGAGCGCGCGCGGACGCGUACAGGCGUGCGUAUACACUUCGGUCAGUCUUGGACACAGAAUUUAACGACCAAAUCUGUUUAUGUGCUAUAUAUACUUUUCAGAUUAAAUUAAUGUUUGUCUUUAUUAUUUCGUCAAUUUUAGUUAAACUAAAGGUCAUAUUAGGCUGGGCCCGUCGACAAUUGAAAUUCUAUCUAGUCUACUUAAUCUCGGUGACUCAGCGAGGAGGUAUAAAAGAGGUGGUGUGAGGUCAUUCUAGUUCAUAGUUACCGGAUUACAGCAGGAUAAAAGCCUGAAAGUUUUUAAUUGUGCUCUGAAAAGAAAAUGAUUUAUGUUUUCUAGUACUACUGUCAACGGGUGCAUCUAAAACAUGAAGGUGAUGGAUUUGGAUAAUACUGAUCUCAGUGCCAUGGUAGACCACGGCGGCUUGGAUAUCAUGCGCUUGAACAAGCACCGCCACAGCUCAUCUUCCUCCUCCACUCCAGAGAAAGGAAAGACAAGUUUUAACAGGUUAAAAGUUGGUCUGACGGAGGACUACCCGAAGAAAAAUGCAGAGAUUCUCAGCGCUCAGUAUGGGACCAAUUUACUCCUGUUCGGUGCGGCGCUAAUACUCGCCGUAUCUUCCGGCAGUCAAGUCGUCAGGGAAGAGCAUCUGUUGUCGUUCAUCACGACCAUCAUGAUUGUGCAGCUCCUGUGGAUGCUGUGGUACAGCGUGAGGAGGGACAGGCGGAAAAGAAGGCUGUCUGAAAAAGAUGCACAUGGUGCCACGAGAUGGCUAAGAGGUGGGAUAACGGUUCUAGCUCUGCUUUCCUUGAUCAUGGAUGCUUUUCUUAUUGGUCGAUACGUGGGUUAUAAAGCAUGUGCGUCGGCAGCACAGGCGGUUUAUCCCGUCGUCCAUACAGUCCACACAAUAUCACAGGUGUAUUUUCUUUGGUUUCACAUCAAAGACGUGGUCAAGACUUUUGAGACGAUUGAGAGGUUUGGGGUGAUCCACGCAGUCUUUACCAAUCUGCUUCUGUGGGCUACUGGCAUUAUGUCCGAAUCUGAGCAUUUCAUGAACGCCUACAGAGAAAGGCAUGGGACUCUGAACCACACAGGAGUGGAACACAUUUUAGAGUGCAAUUGCACCACCAGUGCCUGCUCCAUGUUUGCUAAUAGCCUAUACUAUCUACACCCCUUCAACAUUGAGUUCCACAUCCUGGUCUCCGCCAUGCUCUUUGUCAUGUGGAAGAACAUUGGCCGCACCAUUGAGCCCCGGCACAACAAGAAGAGGUCGGUGACCAACAACGCAGGGUUGGUUUUGGGCCCCAUCCUGGGUCUGGUGGCGCUGACCGGCACCAUCACGGUCCUGGUGGUCUACACCGUCAAGCUCAGGGAAACACCAGUAAGCCAGGGUGGGUCCGAAAACACCAUGUUCUACUGCCACGGGAUUGUCAUGCUGGCCUGCAUGUGCACGGCGGGAACCCUCGGCUUGGUCCUUUACAGGAUGGACAAUCGGCCCCUGGACGCCUCCAAGAUCCCGUCGCGGAAGCUGGACACGGAGCUGCUGUUUGGCGCGUCCAUGGGCUCCUGGCUCAUGUCCUGGUGCAGCAUGGUUGCCGUGGUCGCCCGGGGAGCCCCCGGCUACAGCUGGACCGGCUUCCUGUACUCUCUCCUCCUCAUCCUGGAGAAGUACAUACAGAACCUCUUCAUCAUAGAGUCGCUGUACCGCAAGCACGAGGUGGAGCCUCUCUCCGCCCCGGAGGUCUUCGCUGUCCCCACGCCUACCCACGACCUCCCCUGUAACGGCAUCGUCAACCGGGCCUACGAGAACCAGGAUGGCGCCUGCGAGAAUGGUCGGGUGCAAGGCUGUCCUCCUGAACACCCAGCUUUCCCGCUCUCUGUUCCGGUGACAUUGAGCAGGAAGAGGCAGAUUCUGAAGAACAUCGCCAUCUUCCUCUUCUUGUGCAACAUCUCUCUGUGGCUGCUGCCGGCGUUUGGCUGUCGGCCCCAGUACGACAACGGCUCGGAACAAGAGACCUUUGGAUCUGCCAUUUGGACCAUGGUGCUGAACUUUGCCAUGCCCCUCAACCUCUUCUACCGCAUGCACUCAGUGGCCUCCCUCUUCGAAGUGUUCCAGAAAGUGUGACUGAAAAGCAACAGCUAAGAAGAAAUAAACAAAUAAACUCUUGCACAUGGACUGUAACCAGGUUUCACAAAGUCCAGUCAUGACGGUGAUCAUUAAUCCAGAAUGAGGUGGGUUUAGUGGUGUUUUUUAUGGUCAAUAAAAACACAAGGCGGUAGACGGUGUUGUAUUACUUGAAUUCAUCACUCUCUUUUUUUAUUAUCACUCAUAAUUGUAGGUUCUUUAGGAUUUCUAAAUGGCUGUAUCCUUUCAUAAAAAGGAAUAUACCGUGUUGCACAAAUGCAUUGAUUAUUUAAUGUAGUAUCUCAAAUCUUUCAAGUGCUGAAUUUUGACAAUUAGAUUUGUAUGGUUAAAACCAUAAACAUUAUAAUUUUAUACCUAUAUUUUGUUUAUGUAUACAUAUGUUAUGGAUUAUGUUCUCAGAAACAUGUUACUCAACACAUUGCAUAUCCAUAUGGUACACUGGGUCUGCAGCUUUGUGAUGUAAUUGUACUUUUCCUCGAAUUAACAGUUUUCUUAGCAUUUAUUUCCUGAUAUCAGUUCUCCGUUAUUAAUUCUGCCAUUAUUUAUCCCCAGAAGCAUCCGUUUUUAUGACUAAGGAGCAAAUUACAUUUCAUGUUCUCAAAAUAAUAAUGAUCAAUUUUAUAAGGUGCCUUUGUCUGACGUUAAAAUUUUGCUUCCUCCUGGGACUUCUGCACCUUUCAGAAAUGAGGCCUUGGCCUCUCUGUGUCUGUUUAUGGACACCAUGACUGACUGAACAGAGUUUUUCCAGGAAAUGAUGUUCUCCUCUUUGCCUGCACUGAGGUCAGCUUGUCUGCCUCUGCUGCGGUUUUAACCUGACACUAAUGGAAUGUAUCGCUAUAUGCUGUAAAUAUUUAACCUUUUUGCAAAGUAUAACGAUAAAUAUAUUUCACUACAAUAUUUAAAACAUAUAUAUUACAUUAUCUGAAAGCACCAAUAAUUUCUAUAUUUGCUCAUAUAUUCAUUGUGAAGCAUUGCAAUAUUGUUUGUUUUCUUGAUAUAUUAUAUUUAAAAAUGGCCAGUAUAUUCUGUUUUCAUAAGGUUAUGCAGCUGGUCUGGGUUUACAAUCAAUUAGAGCCCCUAUCUUGUAAGAAUGGUCACUGACACUGGAACAGAAAGUUCUAGAAGCAGGAAGGGCAUGUCAAUGUGCCAAUCUGGAGUUGGCAUCAGGGAAGUUCAUAUUUGCACAACUCAAUGGCCAGGUUUCUGUGGCAAGUCCUCUCACUGGGAAACAUCACGCAGGGGGCAUUUCCUGAAACACCAGUCUUUUUAACAAAUGUUUGACUUGAUACUAUUGUGGAAACCGCAUUGACCAUUGACUGUAAAAUGCAUACAGUGGUUUUAGUAGUUUAAUAAUUAAAUAUAUUGUAAUGAAUGAUUUAUAGGUUUAAAUAUGCAAAUAUAUCCAGUAAUGUAUGUAUUUUUAUCCCAAGCCUUCAACAUGGUGCUAAUAGAGCUUGUACAUGUCAGAGUGCCAUUGAUUCCUCUCAAAAAUUAAAUUAGUGAUGCUCCUUUGUUCAUGACUAGUUAUUCAUGGGCCUAUUUUUGAGUUCUCAGCUUGUGGUGGGUUCAUUUGUGAGCCAACUCUCACACAGUAAAAUGUUCUGUGAUAAAUCCGCUCUUACAGAGUACAUGUGGUCCCUGUUGCCCUCAUAUGUUCUCUGUUAGAUCUGAAUAAAUGCUGGACAUUUUACUGUGCCCUGCUCACAGUUUCUAUUGGUUGUUGUGUGUGCCCAAUCAAAAUGCAGGGAAAGUUUGCAGAGGGUAAACAUGUUGACUCCGUACAACCUCAUGAAUCAGGUGGAGAUUUGAUCAGGCUGCCCCACGGGAGGUGCCUCACUUGACCCAGGCAACCCCCCUCUGUAGCGGAUUUCCUACGCUUAUCUUUAUACGCACCUACAAAUGUAAUUAAUACAAUGCUUUUUUCCCUGUCUUCCUCUCCUGCUUCCAUUCACAGCUGCAACCUGAUCUUGGGAUUUUCUCUAACCCCAUCUCCACCUCCACCCCCUUCCUUCCUUCACUCUGAAUGCUGUUUCUACCCCUCCGACCCCCCGAAAAACAACACCAGGGAACUAUGUCACAUGUCAUGUGAAAUGGUGGCUAGGUUUUCUUCAGAGAGGCCGGUUAAAUUAUUUGUUUUGCCUUGUCGUUGUUCCCAAUUCAAUAUCUGAAUGGGUUUCUGUUAAAAAUCUCUCAAAACUGCAAAUUCAAUGCUGAUUCACCAGUUUGUAGACACACAGCUUUCCGCUGAAUUUGAAUAAGGGAAUUGACUAUAUUAAACUGGGCCAUCUCUUAAAGACCCUGACCAAUAAAAAUAAAAAUAAUUGUUGUUUUAAAGUUAUAUUUGAAAUAAUGAGCCAAAGACAACAAGCACUAUGAUAUUUAAGCCUGUUUUAUUGAGUUGACAUUUUAAUUGGUUUCAUACAGAAAGCAACAAAGAUCUCAUACGUCCAACUACAGGAGUUGUUAUUGGUAAUUUUCGAGACCAUAUUUUUUACACGAUUAACAAGACAAUUAUUAAUAGGCUGUUUAGUGGGCUGCCAAUCCGAAGUGAACGUGAAAUUAAAAGACACACCAUGUCAGAUGUCUAGAGUUGUAUUUAGAAAUGAGCUUGUUACAUCAAAAGGACAUCUUCCCAUUUUUAAAUUUAAGAAAAGUUGGAAAAAUCUUUAUCUUUUGGCUUAACAAACACUUUAAACACAAGAGGAAAAAGUUGUAAUUUAUACAGGUUGAUUGCACAGGGUCUUUAAAACAAUGAAUCGUUGGUUAAAGAUGUGUUAUCAUAUGUUGCUGUGAAACGUCUUGUCUUACCACUAUGCAAGAAUGCCUCUCUUGUGAAUCAGGCCAUUUCAGGGCAGUCUGGCUCACCAGCUUUGACACUUUUUUGAACUAAUGACAGAAUGCGCAGGAGGCAUGUCAGUUUACAUUUUCCUCUUCCGCAUUAUAAAAACACAGAAAUCUUGCCUCCUGGCAACCAUCAUAUUACAUUUGAAAGCUGCGACUUGAAAUGCCUAAUUCUCACUAUACUACAAGAUAUCUAUGAUCCAGAAGGCUAUGUUCACAAAAUAUAAAUGUAAAUGUAAAAUAAAAUAAUAAUAAUAAUAAAAAAAUGAUCGAGUACUCACAUGCAGGGGAAAAUCCUCCCUAAAAAGUGAAGAUAAGACUUUAUUCUAUUUUUUAAAUUGCCCAGCUUAAAGAUGAGAACAAUUUCUCUGUACCUGGUGGCAUCUCAUGCUGUGUAGACAACUGUGCCAUGUAUUCUACUUUUUAAUAAACUGAAAUGAUGGUAAA